UUCCUGUCACCUCCGGUCGGAAACAGCGAUCCGGAGCCUCGGAUACACUGGAUUAAGCCAAAAUUAAACAAAACUUCAAGAAGGGCACCGGAAGUCCAGUUCUAACGUCUAUGGAACGAAAGGAAACGCCUCUUUCCUGAGCCUUCAUUGGCCCAAAGCCACCUGGUCGCACGACGCAGAGUAUUCGGGGUACUGUAGUUCCCCCGGAAACACCGGUGGCAUAGUGGUUAAGUGCUAAAGCUGCUAACAAAAGAGUGGGCGGUUUGAAUCCACCAGGCGCUCCUUGGAAACUUUAUGGGGUAGUUCUACUCUGCCCUAUAGGGUCGCUAUGAGUCGGAAUUGACUAGACGGCAACGGGUUUGGGUUUUGACUUUGGUAGUUCCCACAGUGCGUGAAGUGGGGCGCCCCUCCUGAAGUCCAGGGCCACUGCUAAACUGUACAGCCAGAGGCGUUGGGAAAUGGCAUCCUGUUUCUCUGAGGACAAGGCGAGGCUUCGCUUCCUCUUAAAGGGGUUGUGCCCGUUUCCUGGGAGUGCACUUUACUGUAGUCUGUAGCCAAAACCAAAAACCAAACUUCUUGCAGUGUAGAAGAUUCUGACUUAUGGUGACCCCAAGAGUUACAGAGUAGAAUCACCCAAAUAUUUGUUGUUAUGUGCCGUCAAGUCGAUUCCGACUCACAGCGACCCUAUAUGACAGCCUAGAACUGCCCCAUGGGACUUCCUAAGCUAUAAUCUUUGCAGAAGCAGAUCGCCAAGCAGCCGCUGAGUGGGUUCAAAUCGCAGACCUUUCGUUAGCAGCCCAGGACUUAACCACUAAGCCACCAGGACUCCUUCUAUUAAGAUUAAAGCUAAGAAAACUAUGGAGCAGCUCCUGAGCCGGAAUGGACUCCACAGCAGUGGCUUUUCCGAUCCACCUCAAAGUUUGUCGUUCGUAUGGGAACUACAUUACCCGAAAGGCGAUGCGCUGCGCAGCAGCCGGCUGAACCAAUGAAGAUUUUUCGUGCGUGCAACAACUGCCAGGGCGGGACUUCCACUGUUGUCAUCGGGGCGACAUUUAGACUUAUGUCGAGUUCGCGAGCGCCAUCUGAAGCUCCGUCGCGCUGCGUUGCGCCUGAGGUUCCCAUGGCUGCAGAAGCACUUACAGACUGUGCAGAGGUGACUUCAGGGAGUAGUUUUAAUCCAAGGUUUGAAGAGCAACUCAGGACCAUCGUCUCGGGGACUCCUCCAGCCUCAAUAGGUCCAGGCUGUGUGACCUUUGAGGACGUGGCUUUGUACUUCUCCCGGGAGGAGUGGGGGCUCCUUGAUGUGGCCCAGAGACUCCUGUACCAUGAUGUGAUGCUGGAGACCUUUGCACUCAUGGCCUCACUGGGACUGGUAUCUUCCAGGACCCAUGAAAUCACCCAGCUGGAGCGGUGGAUGAAGCCCUGGGUGCCUGACCGAGAGGCCACGGCCCCAGACAUGCCAAGAGGUUAUUGGCAUGGAGUGGAGGCUGAAGAGGUACCUUCUAAGGAGAGUGUUUCUGUAGAAGGAGUGUCACAGGUCAGGACUCCCAAGGCAGUUCCAUCCACCCAGAAGACCCACCCUGGUGCACCAUGUAGUUUCGUCAUCAAGGAGAAUGUGCAAGUGGUUGUGCAUCAGGGAACACGUCCGAGGAAGAAACCGUACACAUGUGGAACAUGUGGGAAAGGGUUCUGGUUCCGUGCAAACCUUCACCAGCACGAGAAGCUGCAUGCUGGAGAGAAAGCUUUCAGUAGAGAAGAGGGCCAGUUAUCAGUUUUGGAGGGUGGCAGCAUUCACCUGUCAGAGAAGCCCAUCCAGUGCAGAGAAGGUGGGAAAAAUGUCCUGAUCAGCUCAAAUCUUCCCAAGCAUCAGGGGACACACAGCAGGGGUGAGUCUGUGAGCUCUGAGUGUGGGGAGGCCUUCCACACUGGAAAAAAGCAUUACAAAUGCCACGAAUGUGGGAAAGCCUUCAGUCAGAAAUACUUACUUGUUCAGCACCAGAGAAUCCAUACUGGAGAAAAGCCCUAUGAGUGCAGCCAAUGUGGGAAAUCAUUUAGCAAUAAAUCUAACCUUCAUAUACACCAGAUAAUUCACACUGGAGAAAGGCCUUAUGAGUGUAGUGAGUGUGGGAAAGCCUUUAGCCGCAAUGCUGACCUGCUUCAACACAGGAGAGUUCACACAGGAGAAAAGCCGUUUACAUGUAGUGAAUGUGGAAAACCCUUCAGGCAUAAUUCCACACUUGUUCAGCACCAGAGAAUCCACAGUGGAGUAAGGCCUUAUGAGUGCAGUGAAUGCGGGAAGUUCUUUAGCCACAACUCCAGCCUCAUGAAACAUCAGCGAGUUCACACUGGAGAAAAGCCUUAUGACUGCAGGGAAUGUGGGAAAGCCUUUAUCCACAAGUCAAGCCUCAUUCAACAUCAAAAACUUCACAGUGGAGAAAAGCCUUUUAAGUGCAAUGAAUGUGGAAGAUUCUUUAGUGAAAAUUCCAGCCUCGUUAAACAUUGGAGAGUUCACACUGGGGCAAAGCCUUAUGAGUGCAGCGAAUGUGGCAAAUUUUUUCGCCACAAGUCAAGUCUCGCUAACCAUCGGCGAAUUCACACUGGAGAAAUGCCUUAUGAGUGCAGUGACUGUGGGAAAUCCUUUAGCCAGAGCUUCAACCUCAUUCAACAUCAGAGAGUUCAUACUGCAGAAAAGCCAUUUACAUGCAGUGAAUGUGGAAAACCCUUCAGGCAUAAUUCCACACUUGUUCAGCACCAGAGAAUCCACACUGGAGUAAGGCCUUAUGAGUGCAAUGAAUGUGGGAAGUUCUUUAGCAACACCUCCAGUCUCAUGAAACAUCAGCGAGUUCACACUGGAGUAAGGCCAUAUGAGUGUAGCGAAUGUGGGAAGUUCUUUAGCCACAACUCCAGCCUCAUGAAACAUCAGCGAGUUCAUACUGGAGAAAAGCCUUAUGACUGUAGGGAAUGUGGGAAAGCCUUUAGCCACAAGUCAAGCCUCAUUAAUCACUGUAGAGUUCAUACUGGAGCAAAGCCUUAUGAGUGCAGUGAAUGUGGGAAAUUUUUUCGCCACAACUCGAGCCUUGCUAAACAUCGAAGAAUUCACACUGGAGAAAUGCCUUAUGAGUGCAGUGACUGUGGAAAAUCCUUUAGCCAGCGCUUCCACCUCAUUCAACACCAGAUAGUUCACACUGGAGAAAAGCCUUAUGACUGCAGGGAAUGUGGGAAAGCCUUUAGCCACAAGUCAAGCCUCAUUAAUCAUUGGAGAGUUCACACUGGAGAAAGGCCUUAUGAGUGUAAUGAAUGUGGGAAAUCGUUUAGCCAAAACUCUACCCUCAUUCAACACCGAAAAAUUCACACUGGAGAAAAGCCUUUUAAGUGCAAUGAAUGUGGAAGAUUCUUUAGUGAAAAUUCCAGCCUCGUUAAACAUUGGAGAGUUCACACUGGAGCAAAGCCUUACGAGUGCAGUGAAUGUGGCAAAUUUUUUCGCCACAACUCAAGCCUCGCUAGACAUCGGCGAAUUCACACUGGAGAUGCCUAUGAGUGCAGCGACUGUGGGAAAUCCUUUAGUGAGCAAUUCAACCUCAUUCAACGCCACAGAGUUCAUACUGGAGAAAAGCCUUUUGAGCAUAGCAAAUGUGGGAAAGUCUUUAGGCAAAACUCCAUGCUUAUUGAGCACCAGAGGAUUCACACAGGAGAAACGGCUUAAUGUGGCAAAUGUGGGGAAUUCUUUAGCCACACCUCCAACCUCAUCAACACUGGAGAGUUCACACUGGAGAAAAGCCUUAUGAAUGCAGCUAAUGUGUGGAAAUGGUUUAUCAAAUGGCCCCACCUCAUUCACCACCAACAGAUUUACCACUGAGAAAGGUCUAAUGAAUGCAGCAAAUACAGAAGAGCCUUGAACCAAAGGUCUUCUCUGAUUCAGCAACUGAAACAGCCCUUAUGAUUCCUGUGAGUGUGAAGAAAGGCUUUGGCCAAAGCAUCACCUCGUUCGGUACCAGAAAGUUCAGACUUGAGAAAGGCCUUAAGAGUGUAGGGAAUUUGUUGUCUUGUUCAACAUAACCUGACUUAGAACAGAGAAAAGCUCUGAGGGUAGUUUUUAUGAGUGAGCCAUCAAUUGCACUUAAUCCAAAUAUGCACACUGAGAAGAUUUACUAUGAGUGCUAGGUGUGACGGAAGACUUUUGGAGCUGUACUGCAUGUUGUCACCUGCCCAGGGACUUUAUCAGAGUAUGUAAUGGCUAGAGUUUGUGCAGAAGCCAUCUCAACUCUCCAGCUGGCUGGUCUCCACAGUGUGCCUCAUUUGCCAACUGUUAUUGACUUGUUGGCAAUUGGUGGUGGCAGAAUCAACCAAUUGGUGGUAGUGGAAUUGCAACAAGUCCAUUCUUCUAAAAGUAAGAGGCAGCAUUAGGGUUUUUUUUUUUUUUUUUGUAUUCUUAAAUCCAUUUACGUUUAGUGUUAUUAUUACUAUACAUAUAGUUUUAUUAGUAUAGUUGGAUUUACAAUUGCCAUCGUUUUGUUUUCUAUAUGUCUCACGUCAUUUUGUUCCUUUAUUCCUUUUUUUUUUUUUUUGCAUUAAGUAUUUCCUAAUGUAAAAUUUUAUUUCACUGUUUAUAUUUUUAGAGUUAUUUUCUUUAAUGGUUGCUCUAGGUUGCCAUUGUCAAAAGAAAAAUCUGACCAAUCAGUUGCUCAGGUACAGACCUGGGCCUCCAAGACAGAGUUCCCACUUCCUUCUCUGAGCCCACGUCCCCACCACUUGCUUAGGUGACUGUAUCCUGGCUUUCCUCUCUUGACCUUCCGAGGCCAAGUCUCAACUUCAUAUCACAGAGGGCCAAGUCUCUCAGAGGCCAUUAGGAAGUGCUAGAUAAGCCCACUGGGACACGGGCCAACCAACUAGUGGCUGUGACCCCAGCCUACUUGCUUCUCGACCUGGUUCUCGGCUCUGGGACGUUGGAGAUCAGCAAGAUUGGCUGCAGCACUCAGGCUGGGGACUGAGAACAUUUUUCCAAAGACACUUCCUGUUCUUGGGCCCCAUGUAGGACCCAGUCUGCUCCCAGGAGUUCUCCCUAGGUCAUUUUCAAUGUCCCUGUCGGUCCCACUGGCAGAGGGGUCCCUGCAUGUGAGCCGAGCAUUCUUUGUGAAACCAGGACCCCAUUGUGGAGCAGAUCCGAGAGACAGCCCCUCUUCUACACGCCUGUCGGGACAACCUCAGAGACCAGCUGAGAGGGCAGGACUCUGUCAAGAUGAUAUGGCCCUUGUGCUGGACUCUAUGGCAACCCCCCCCAGCUGAACCCACCUCAACUUUUGGAACCCAAAUGGAUCAAGAUCCUGUACCCCCGGCACUCUGGCCUCCACCCUGAUGCUUCACAACCCAGGUUAUAGGCUUUGAAAGAUUGCAGGGAGGCAGAACAAGCAGGCAAAGAGCCUCACAGACCUGGUCUUGGAGGACAGAGGGCCAUAGGCAGCCCCAAGCUGGGUACCACCAGCCAGCCAUGGUGCAUGCAGACAAGGAAACGAGUGCAGCCUCUAAAAGAAGGAGGCAGCAUUGAUUUUUACCAGAUGUCAAGGCAGUAUCACGUGUGCAAAGAGGAAGAGCUGUUUAGGAGUCUGUUUGAACACACAGACACAGUGAUGCACACCUGUAAACACAGCCCCAAAAGCACAAUACUUUUUUUCGCCAGGAGGCAGAAUUAGCAGAGACUUCUUCACUUUCUAUUUUAUAAAUGUAUAUAGUGUAGUAUUUCCUUAAUAAAUAAUAGAAAACUUGAUAUUCAACAUUAAUUUCUUUAAAAAGAAUUAUGAAAAUGAACAUGCACUGCUGUUUUUGCCAACUCGGUUAAAAAAUACCAAACCUUUAGACAAUAUUCCUGUUAAUCACAAGAAUCGCAGGUGCCCUCUCCAUAGGAAUCACAGCAGAGGGAUGGACUAUACCUGAAUGGGCAUCAAAAUCACCUGGGGGGGUGGCUUAUUAAAACAGUGACCCUUGGGCCUGAACCCUGGUGUGUCUCAUUGAGCAGGUCUGGAUUCAAGACAGAAUUUGCACACCUAAGUAGUCCCCCAGAUGAUAAGGAUGCUGCAAGCAUGCCCUUCCAGAAAAGGGGAAGCUCCGUUGUCUUAGGCCCCAGCACACUGCUGGGUAUUUGCAGACUGUAGCUCCCUACGGGCUGCGCCCAGAGUUCUCAACAUCACUGCCAAGGUCUCUUACAGUGAGCUGAGCAGACAAUAGCUGAUGGGGCUGGAGAUCCAGGCCCUUCCAUGCUGAGACCACGUGGGGAGGCCCCAAGGUGUGGGAGUGAUCCGAAUUCCUGGCCAGGGCUCCCACUAAAUAAGCUCUCUACCCAUCUAACCUUUACUGGGUGACUUCUGGCAGGGGAAGCCAGAGGACAGUGGGACCAGCUUGCCGGACCCCGGAGUCCUCUAUGGAGGCCAUUUAGUUUCAGGUGGCAUUCUGGAAUACUAGUUCCCAGAAAUGAAUUGGGAGAGGGCAUACAAUGAGAAAGGACCCAUCAUGAGCACACUGGGAUCUUGUACUAUUAGCUGCUGGUGAGAAAAACACCCUUUGAGAGCACCUCACAUGAUGAGAUGUUCAGAAGCAUUCCCAGUGGGACAAGAACAGCUGGACAUUCUGCAUUCAUUUGCAGGCUGCUGCACUUCGGGCCCAGGUGAAAGUAGAGGGAGCCUAAGCAAGUCCAGCACAUCCCCUGAACUGGACUCAGGAACAGCCGAACAUCGAAGGAAGAGACUAAUCAGACUCUUCCCUGCUUGUGUCAGGUUUCCUCCAUCAAUGUCCAGUCCCUUCAAUGCCUGGGUUCUUUGAGGUCAGAUAAACCACAUUUAGCAGAAAGAUUUGGAAAUGUGAUUCUGUCCGACAAGUUUAUUUCUCUCACCCACCACAUCUAAUCUAAUGGGAAAUCUAUUUGACUCUUCUUUCAAGAUAUAUCAAGAUUCUGAACAUUUCAUUGCUGCCACAGCUACCACCUAGUUAGGACCACUUUCGUUCACGCCUGGAUCACUUACUUGCCACGAUGGCCUGGCUCAUGUUACGGUCCUGACCUCUCUUCCCUUCCGCACUUGCCUGACUCCACCAGCACAAGCCCUUUUGACUUUAGGAGCAGAACAGACAGCUCUGCCCUAAGGGCCUUUGUAAUGACUGUUUCUUCUGCCUAUAACUUAUCCCUUAUGCCUCAGUCCCUUGACUUUUUUGCUCGAUUAAUCUUAUUAAAUCCACCACCACCAGUUGCCAACAAGUCAAUUCCGACUCAUGGCAGCCCCAUGUGUGUCAGAGUAGAACUGUGCCCCAUAUGGUUUUCAAUGGCUGACUUUUUUGAAAGCAGAUAGCCAGGCCUUUCUUCCAACGUGACUCUAGGUGGACUCGAACUUCCAAGCUUUUGGUUAGCAGCCAAGUGCUUAAUUGUGCCACCCAGGAAUGUCCUCUAAUUAAAUAGGACUUUCUUAUUGUGUAAUAUUACAUUCCACUCCCUUUCCUCCUGGCAACCUCAACUUUUCUCUCUUCAUCCAGUAGUUGGUGCAUGCUACCUCCUCUGUCAUAUCUAUAAUUAUAAGAAUACACAGCAAGAAACAAAAUAUUUUAGAUGAUGUAGAAAAUAUGCUCCAUUUGCUGUGAUCAUCUUCCAAUUAUGUUACAAAACAACAGUUAAAAGAUACCUUAAAUUCUUUGGAAGUUUAAAAUCACACAAAGGAGCCAUAGGUUCGAUAUCAACAGGCAAAACAGCCGAAGCAUAUAAAUGUAUAAUCACGAAACACCAAUCCUGUAUGAAGCAGCUAAAGCAGUUUUCAAACUUUCUCAGGUCACAACGUCCUUAAUGUCCCAGUUAUUUUUCUACGGCACUGCUAAGAAAUCCCAGCAGUUCCGUUAAUUAUGUAGAAUGGUCCAAAUAAUAAGCAUUAUGUCCUAACAUCUCAGUAUCCACGAGAAUAAAAUAAUACACAAAACUCAAAAUAGUACUAUUUAUGUUUUUCCUUGAAUAAUCACAAUUGCCUAGUGAUGAGAUGUGUGCAUUCUUGGGCACUGAAUGACUCUCAGUGGACGGUGCCACAUUCAUUUCUCCGUCUACACCAUUACGUACUCUGAGGAGGUUUACACUUCCCGGUCAAGGGCUUCCUACCUUGAAGGAGUGUGGCCUCAAGACCCAAAGGCAGGGCCUGGGCCUCAGGCUGUGUGGUUCUCACCCUUUAAGGGUGUCCAAAAUUGGAAAUAGAAAUUAAUUCAAAACGGUUUACGCAAAAAUCUUUCAUUAUAGACCCAGGAUGUGUUGUUUUAUUCUCAAAACUUUUUGGUGAAUUUUAUGAGACGUUAAGUUGUUGUUUUAAUAUAUAUAGAUGAUCAUUUGACCUAAAUGACUAUCAUUGAACACUCUUACCCCACUGAUGAAGAUGUUUGAUCUCUCAUAUAUACCCAUUGCCCUCGAGUCAAUUCUGUCUCACCGUGAUGCCAUGUGUUAACCGAGUAGAACAGAGGUCCACAGAAUUUUCUUGGUUGUCAUCUUUAAGGAAGCAGAGCACCAGACCUUUCUUCCACAGCACGGCUGGGUGGUUUCAACGCGCCAACCCUGUGGUUAGCAGUUGAGUGCAAACUGUUCGCUCCCCCAGGGGCCUUCUCAUAUAUGAGUCUGUUUUAUUCCUUUACACCAGUCUAUUUGCUCAAUCUUGAGUGUCCUUUUGGUACAGUACUUAAUGUGGAAUGUUUGCCUUUGGGAACAUUGGAAACAAUGUUUCCAAACGCUUCUCGUUGCAGAAUACAUUCCCUGGAAGUGGGGGGUGCCAUAAAAAGAUGCGUAGAAUCCCUGAGACAUUAGCUAGAGGCCCUCUCCGUGCCCCUGCCCUUUGCCCAGGACUUUUGGAGGGGUGCCCCUUGCAGUGGCUGAUGGAACUGUGAGAAUUACAUUAUCCGGUAAGUAG